CCGUUUGCCAGCCAAGCUAUGUGUGCGCUCUCGCCGACUUCGUAGYGUGUUGAAUUCUACCUUUUUCCCCCUUCUCUAGCCAUGGCUAGCCGAGGGGGUCGGCAACGCCUGAAGGGUGGUGGCGGCAGCGGCGGGGAAACGGCAUCAGCAGCGGACAAGUUGCGGGAACUGCUGGGCAGCCGAGAUCCGGGAAGCGCAGAGCACCGGCCGGAGUUAUCUGGAAACAAAGCAGGACAGGUCUGGGCACCUGAAGGAUCUACUGCUUUCAAGUGUCUGCUCUCAGCAAGGUUAUGUGCUGCUCUCCUGAGCAACAUCUCUGACUGCGAUGAAACAUUCAACUACUGGGAACCAACACACUACCUCAUCUACGGAAAGGGGUUUCAAACUUGGGAAUAUUCCCCAGUGUAUGCCAUUCGCUCCUAUGCUUACCUGUUGCUUCAUGCCUGGCCAGCUGCAUUUCAUGCAAGAAUUCUACAAACUAAUAAGAUUCUUGUCUUUUACUUUUUGCGAUGUCUUCUGGCUUUUGUGAGCUGUAUUUGUGAACUUUACUUUUACAAGGCUGUGUGCAAAAAGUUUGGGCUCCAUGUGAGUCGAAUGAUGCUAGCCUUCUUGGUGCUCAGCACUGGCAUGUUUUGUUCAUCAUCUGCAUUCCUUCCUAGUAGCUUCUGUAUGUAUACCACGUUGAUAGCCAUGACUGGAUGGUAUAUGGACAAGACUGCCAUUGCUGUACUGGGAGUAGCAGCUGGGGCUAUCUUAGGCUGGCCAUUCAGUGCGGCUCUUGGUUUACCCAUUGCCUUUGAUUUGCUGGUCAUGAAACACAGGUGGAAAAGUUUCUUUCGUUGGUCACUGGUGGCCCUAAUUCUCUUUCUGGUGCCUGUGGUGGUCAUUGACAGCUACUAUUAUGGGAAAUUGGUCAUUGCACCACUCAACAUUGUUUUGUAUAAUGUCUUCACUUCUCAUGGACCUGAUCUCUAUGGUACAGAACCCUGGUAUUUCUAUUUAGUUAAUGGUUUUUUGAAUUUCAAUGUAGCCUUUGCUUUGGCUCUUCUGGUCUUGCCACUGACUUCUCUUAUGGAAUACCUGCUGCAGAGAUUUCAUGUUCAGAAUUUAGGCCACCCAUACUGGCUUACCUUGGCUCCAAUGUAUAUUUGGUUUAUGAUUUUCUUCAUCCAGCCUCACAAAGAGGAGAGAUUCCUUUUCCCUGUAUAUCCACUUAUAUGUCUCUGUGGUGCUGUAGCUCUUUCUGCACUUCAGAAAUGUUACCACUUCGUGUUUCAACGAUAUCGCCUGGAGCACUAUACUGUGACAUCAAAUUGGCUGGCCUUAGGAACCGUCUUCCUCUUUGGGCUUUUAUCAUUUUCCCGCUCUGUGGCACUAUUCAGAGGAUACCAUGGGCCCCUUGAUUUGUAUCCAGAAUUUUACAGAAUUGCUACAGACCCAACUAUCCACACUGUCCCAGAAGGCAGACCUGUGAAUGUCUGUGUGGGAAAAGAGUGGUAUCGAUUUCCCAGCAGCUUCCUUCUGCCAGAAAAUUGGCAGCUUCAGUUCAUUCCAUCAGAGUUCAGAGGUCAGUUACCAAAACCUUUUGCAGAGGGACCACUGGCUACCCGGGUUGUUCCUACUGACAUGAAUGAUCAGAACCUAGAAGAGCCAUCCAGAUAUAUUGACAUCAGCAAAUGUCAUUAUUUAGUGGAUUUGGACACCAUGAGAGAAACACUGCGGGAGCCGAAAUAUUUAUCCAAUCGGGAAGAAUGGAUCAGCUUGGCCCAUAGACCAUUCCUUGAUGCUUCUAGAUCUUCAAAGCUGCUUCGGGCAUUCUAUGUCCCUUACCUUUCAGAUCAGUAUACAGUGUAUGCAAACUACACUAUCCUUAAACCCCGGAAGACAAAGCAAACCAGGAAGAAAAGUGGAGACCGGAGAAGAGCAGAAUCACCUUACAGGAAGAAUUGAAAGUCCCUGGACUGGAUGCCUGUGUUAAGCUGUUCUCCACACUCUGGCCUGGCAUCUGAGAACUAGCAAGGCUCUCUUAGGCCAUGUGGGCUCCUCCACCAAAGCUGUUGGCAGUCCUAGCAGACCUUGUUCAAAUCCUAGUGCUGAAAUUGAGCAUAGCCUACUUGCCAACUGACAUGUCCUUUUCAUCUCCAGCAAGACAAAGCUUCUMUCAAGCACUUCACAGGACUAGUACCCUGUCCUGGAGCUAUCUCAGGAAAAAGGCUACCAUUUGAGGAACUGUGACCUGAUUUUAUUAUAUUUGAUGCCUCUAAUUUUCAUUUUAUUUCCUUUACAACUAACUUUCACUGUAUGGUUAGUUUUUUGUUGUUAUUGUUAUUUUAAGUUUUAGCAUGCUCUAUAAUUCUAAACUUCUCUGUAUAAAGGAAUCAACAGACUAAAAUAUAACUGAGUAGGGCAUCAUUGACGAAAUUUGGUUCUAUCAGUUGGUAGAUUUGGAUGAUAUCAUGUUUUUAAGUAAUGUAUUCUAAGACCAUUUCUGAAAAAAUUAAGUUUUUUUUUUUUUUUUUUGGUAACAACCUAGUGAAAAGGACUAGUAUAUAAUUAUAGCACCUAUUUUUCAGCUCUAUUAUAAGCACAUCCUGCAUGGGGCACUUCUAGGCAAAUAGGCAAUGAUAAGGACCCAAUUAAAAUGUAAUAAGUGURUAYUAUUACUUUACCUUUACAUUGUAUUUCACAGUUGACAAGACACUUUCCCAACAUCUCAUUUGGUCCUCACAAUCAGUGUGAGGUAAACAAGGCAGGUGAUUUAUCCCCAUUUUACAGAUGAAGAAAAAGACUAAGGAUUGGAGGUGAAGUGACUUGCCUGAGGUCACAGUCAGUAAGUAGUUGAGCAGGGGCUAGCUAGAACCUAUGUUGCCUGACUUUUCUCAUCUAGUGCUUUUCCAUGCUUCCUCAACUGUGAAAACAUACUGAUGAUGAGGUUGACCAGAGACCUGAUUGAUAGUGUAACUUUCUAUUUUAAGGAAGAAUUUUAUUUAUAUUUCUUUGAGUUCUUUGGAGCCUYCAAUCUGCCUGAAUGUUAGAUAAAUCAACAAAGCAGUGCUCUGUGAUAUUGCCAGGCCCAUGGCCAGAAAGUACUGCUUAUUUUGGAAGUCAUGUUCCUUUGCAGUCACACAGGAUCCAACUAUUAGUACUAUUUCUAUUGUCCAUUGGGGGCCACAUUAUAGGUGCCUUAUUUCCUUAAAAGUCAAUGUUUUUGGUAUCUGAAAACAGAGUGAAUCUUUAGUUUUCCAUCUUUUACUUUUCAAGAAAAGAUCUUCCCCACAGGAACUGAACCCAAGAAAGGAGAAGAUGUGAUAACAGGAAAAAUGGGAGUUAUAAUAAAAAAAAAGUCUCUCUGGAGAUUCAUGCUAAAGGAAUAUCUGAGCUGGAGUUGAAGCACUGGAAAGGUAAUAGGUAUAGACAGUAACUAGAAAGUAAAGAUAGACUGAAGUCCCACUUGUUUGAAAAAUCUCUGGCUUUUAAUUCUCAAUAUUUGAUUACUGUUUCCUAAAGCAAAUAGUGAAUAUAUGAUCUGCCCACAGGACAGGGAACUGUAAUUGAAGCAUUUUGCCUACUUAUAAGUAGAAAAGUUCAGUGAUGGAGGUCAACAGAGAGUGCUUUUUUUUUUUUUUUUUCCCAAUGAAAGUGGUACAGUAGCUCUGUUGUAGAGCAUAUGCUUAGCAUGGGCAAAGUUCUGGGUUCAGUUCCCAGCACAGAAACAAAAAAGAGGUAGAAUGCUGAUGAUUUUAUCAUCUUGCUUAUUUUGGGGAAAAAAAAUGUUUAAAAAGACCUUUUAAGCAAGAACUUAAUUAUAGCACCAAAAAAAAAAAAAAAAAAGAAAAAAGUCCAGAAUUGAUUCAGGGCCUCCUUGGGAAUAUCAGCUCCUAUCCCCUUGAAAACCUUAUUUUGGCUUUCUCUGUUCUAUGUAUCUUUAGUGAGAGCACAACAAAUUGCAGAGCACUGUGCCAUCUGCUAUAGGUAAGGAAUUCAAAAUGAAUGCUUUUUGUGUGAAAGUGUUUUUUUUGUGUGUGUGAUAUUUUAUAAACAUGUUUUAAAAUGUCCAUCUCUUAGCAAUAAAGGGAUGUUAGCUUUAUCUUAUCUGGUCAAGGUAGCAUUUCUCCUCCAAAGAGUCAAAAUUCAGCUUGUGUUAACUCCUCUGAUCCUGGUAAAGAAAAAGUAACUAAGAUACUUAUUACUCCAGAGAUUAUUAAAUAUUGAAGAAUGAGGACUACAGAUUAUUCCUAAUAGACCUUGAUUGUAAGCCUUUAAUUGUGGCAAAUCUAGCAUUCUUUCAUCUCCAGCUCUCGGGCAGCCAUCUGAAACUGAAUUUUGUGACACUUAGUACCAGCCAUUACUGAACCAGUCUGUGUGGUAGACACCUAUAACCAAAACUUACCUCUCACCUGGUAGGUGUCAUCUGAUAAAAAAGAAGACAGGUCAUUUUAAUCUUUUGGGAUAAUCAAGCAAAUUGGAACCCAUUCUUUUUAUUACUGAAUUCAAAUUUAGAAGCAGAUUCUUUGAUUCAAAUCAAGGUAAUUCUUGAUCCCAGCUAUUUAUUUAGGUCAUACAUUCUAGUUUGAAU